AUGGGAACCAUAGAGGAUAAUCACACAAGCCUUUUGGCUUUGAUUACCACUCUUUUGACAAUCGUUACCUAUCACUUCGUCUUGCAACGACUUACACCAUCGACUGUCAAACCUAAGGGAGCCCAAAAAUCGAGUGUCGUACAUAAUUUGACAUAUCGGGUGAUGGGUGUUCCUAUUGACUGGGAUCGCGAAAGACUGCGAUUAUUUUUGACGGCCGAAACGAACCUUGAAAGUCUGUCUAUAAAGUCUCUCGCCCGUGAGGCAAAUACCGACUUCCAGACAGCCACGGCCACAUUGGGAGAUGCUCCCUCCCAUCUUCGAAAUAUCCAAAGUUGGCAAAUUCGGAUACCCAAAGCUCCCAAUGCUCAACCAUUUGGCGAGCAGCAAUGGCUUGUUGUUGAAAGGGACUUUCUGGGCAUAACGACGCUUUACGCACCGCCUCCGGACGACCACAAAGUCGAUGUCGUUGCAUUAUCUGGUCUGGGCGGCCAUGCAUUUGGAUCAUUUCGUGAGAGAAAAGGCACGCACAUGUGGUUGCGAGAUUCUCUUCCGGGGCAUCUCACCUCAGAGGCUGAUGGCAAGCCAAUGGCGAGGGUCAUGAUCUACGGCUACGACUCGGCUGUUGCACAAAGCAAGAGUAUGCAGAAUAUCGAGGACCUAAGCACAACGUUCCAUAACAGCCUUCUUGCAUCGGCGGGCUUCUCGCCAACCAGACCGAUCAUCCUUAUCGGCCACAGCCUGGGAGGACUGAUCAUCAAGCAGGUAAGAGAUGCCAACAAGCUGUCACCCUUGCUUCCUGCUAUUAAUUCACACGCGAAUAAGUCUUUAAUAACGAUGUCGAGAUCGCAAAUCGUCGAUGACCAAAGACUCUUUCGUUCCAUAUAUGGCGUUGUGUUUUUCGGAACGCCACAUGAUGGGAUGGACAUCAGCUCCCUUAUUCCCAUGGUCGGAGACGGUCCAAACCGCUUCCUAAUUGAAUCCAUGAAUCGUAUGAACUCACAGAUACUGAGCAUACAGCAACGGGACUUCCACAGGGCCCUUGGCAGCGAAGGCGAUUCGGAAGUCUUCUGUUUCUACGAAACGGUCGAGUCUCCAACAGCGCAGAAAGUUGAUGGCCAAUGGAAAAUGACGGGACCAACAACGAUCCUCGUCACAAAGUCUUCGGCAACACACUGUCGUCCCUGGGAAGAUGGAACAGAGCAUAUCUGUGCUAUUGCUCGCGCUCAUUCCGAAAUGGUGAAGUUUGGACCCCACGAUCACGAGUACAAGAAUGUGAGAGAAAGGAUCAGAAGUCUUUGUCGACGGGCUGUUAGGGCGAGGAGUCGUUUGCAAACAAUAACAGCAAAGUGGGCGUACUGA